AGAGUCGCGUCAGCAACGUCGAACUGAAAACAACGCGACUUUUGGACGGGAAAAGCGAAUGCUAAGCGCAAACGACGAAAUAUCACGCAUACGCCGCGUUGGACCGAAAAGAAUUGCAAGUGAAGUGAUAUAAAAAGAAACUGAGGGAAAAGAGUUUACGCCUUGGCUCGUUAGUGGAUUUUUUGCCUUUUUGGGCAGUUUACGAGCGGCUCAGCAUAAAUUGCUGGUACCACAUAAUCCACCUCCGCCUCCGUUGCCCAUUUCCCAUUCGCACGAGCGUAAUGAGGCAAUGAGACGGUGGGCAGCCGGAAAAGCAACAGCGGGAAACUCAGCCGAGGAGCCAUGACAUCUGGAGUCUGCCGGAUUCUGGAGCUUUGGCCUCUGCCCGAGUGAAGAGCCCCAACCCCCAGCGAUGCUGCGCGAUAUCUUUCUGUAUUUAGUUCUAAUCGUUUUAUUUUGCUUCAUUUUCAUGGCGCAGUUAAUCGUCAACGUUUACGCCUUCCAGCGCCAGCCGUCGCCCAACAAAGCGGAGCGCAAUGAAAUUAUAUUUGUCUAGAAAGGAGACAAGCUCCCCACCCACAGAGCCCCCAAAAGGCACAGAGAAAUAAAUUAUCAAACAUAACUAAGCAAAAUAUAUACUUAAAACAUACUUGUCUGGAGACUGUAUAAGCCAUUAGCUCAAUAUUCGUUUUUACAACGAAAUAAUGCAUUCAUAAUAACUAGGAGUUAACUUGAUUAAUAGGCAUUUAAGUAAGCAUUAACAUCGUAAACGCAUAGAGAUCACAUAAUAAGCUCAAGAUAUCAUAUUUUCUUCCGGUGCAGCUUUGGGGGGGUGGGAAAAGAAGGCAGGAAAAUGAAGACGCUACAAAAGCAAAGGCUACAAGUCAAGUCGCGGUGGUUUCCAUUUAAUAAGAAAAGGAACUCAACUACGUUCAACUCUCAGUUGAGUGAGAAAAGUGGGAAAAAGCGCAGGGAAUAGGCGGGGAAAUCCAGGGGAAAUGGGUGGAAUAAAGGGGGUGAGGUGCGGAGGGAUCAGGGGGGAUCACCGCGGGCGGAAGAUAAACCCUCGAAGAACUGUUAAACUAGGUUGCGCGCUAAUUAGUAACGGUAGUCUUGGGAGUGCACAAUACGCGCCACACACCACUACACACGACCGCCACUGAGACACAUGGAUACACAGAGAGAAAAGUCAUUAAAGUGGGUUUCAGACACAAUGUGCCAUUUAACACGAACUUUUAGUUUAUCAUAUUGCAGCUUAUUUGAUUUUUAUUUCGAAAAUAACUAAGUGAAAUCCAGAUGCUUAAAGAAUUUUGUUUGCCUCUUUUGUACACCUUUGAAAAUAUUUCUUGGCGCAUUGUCGUAUUACUGCGAGUUUUUCAUUUACCCGAGCCACUGAUAUUGUCGUCCUUUUUUUUUUUUUGCUCUGCAUAAAGAAAGUUUUCCACAGCGGCAAGUCGCCACGGGAAAAGGCGAAGAAAAACCACUGAAAAAUCCGCAGCAGCAGGAGCUAAAGAAUUCAGUAUAGUUGCCACCGCUAGAGGAAGCGAAUAAAGAGCAGAAAUUAAUUUCAUAAUUUUUUGCAUUUUUCAUUGAACACUUUGCUGCCACCUCCGUUGUUUGUCUUUCAUUAUAGUCUUUUUUUUUUUGCGAUUUUCCAUCAGCUACAAAAUUAAUUCACAUUCUGUUGUUAAAGUAAUGCAUUGAAUGUGACACCGAGAAAUUUUCAUUUACCGUUUUCCCUGCCCGCUUUAAAUGGGGCGUUUUAAUUUUCCGACAAUUGAAAAGUGUUGGGCUGACUUUUUUUUUUUCUAUCGAUUUCUAGCCGCACUCGAGGCGGCAGUGUUUCAGCCUUUUUGGGUUUUUUCUUUUUGUUCAAUGGCUGUUUUUCUUUCUAUAUUUCUCUGCUGGCUUCUGUAGCUUUCAUAUUUUUCGGUUGUUUUUCCUUUUGGCACGCCGCAGCGCGUUUUAUUGUUUUCUUUCGAGCCUGAGCACUUGAGUCCUCGAGGGGCAUAUACACACUUGACCCCGUUUGAAAGCGGGCAUUGAAACUUCACAAUGGGUCCGGAAAACGGGGGCGGGUGCCGAGAGGGGGCGUGGUCGGGCAUUUAACUCUUGCCGGGGCAGUUUAACUUGAUUGCUGUCAGUGUGUCCAAAUGGAAAUUAAAGUUUCAUCAAAUGCUCUGAGCUCUCUAAGCGGAUGUGGGCCAAGUUUGCCGAGAGUUUUUCGAGGGGUUUCGCUGAAAAUUUAAAUUGAAAUUUAAUCUGAACGCAGCACAGAGAAGUCAGACACACACAUACACACACACCAGCACACACCAUUCAUAUCGAAGGAGAAUCAAAAUGUAUUAAUCGAAAAUUAUAGAGUUUUACAUCUAAACGAAAAUCCAAUAUAGAGGAACAUUUUACGAGUACGGUUAUAUACUCCACUAUACAUACUUAGAUAUAUGAUAUAUACAUUCGAACAAUAAUAGUCUUAGUUGUCGAUCGAUAAGUGCUCAGCAGCCCAAAAAAACAUAUUAAGCCCCUUAAUUGUAUCGAACUUGUAGUUAGAUCUGAACAAUUAAAACGAAAGUCGAAUAAAUAAAAUAAUGCAGAUAAAUGUUCUUUGGUGAAAAGGAG